CGAGAAGGUGACAGCAGCGGACGGACGGUGGGCAAGAACAAAUAAAAAUGGCGGCGGCCUAUGUCACCCACCAACAGAAGGUGUUGCGGCUCUACAAGAAGUCCCUGAGACACCUGGAGUCGUGGUGCAUCUUCAGGGACAAAUACCGUUUCUACGCCUGCAUGCUGCGCGCUCGCUUCGAUGACAGCAAGGAGGAGAAGGACCUGAUGAAGGCCUCCAUGAUGCUGAAGGCCGGCGAGGAGGAGUUCUGGACCAACCAGCACCCCCAGCCCUACAUCUUCCCCGAGUCCCCGGGGGGGACGUCCUACGAGAGAUACGAGUGCUACAAGGUCCCGGAGUGGGCCCUGGACCACUGGCACCCCUCGGAGAAGGCCCAGUACCCCGACUACUUCUCCAAGAGGGAGCAGUGGAAGCAGCUGAGGAUGCAGAGCUGGGACCAAGAGGUCGCCCAGCUGCAGGCCGAGACGCCAGCCGGAGGCCCCCAGAACGAGGCCCUGCCCCCGGCCCGGCUGGAGGGCGCGCUGCCCCCCUUGUGGUGGCAGUACGUCACCCGGCCCCGGGAGCGCCCCACAUAGACCCCGCCUCCUCAACAACAACAACAACAACAACAACAGCACGGAGACCGUCUGAAUUCACAUGUUCCUGUAAAGAAUGUUUUCAGUCCUGCCGACGUAUCCAUGGAAACCUGAAACUCUUCCAAUAAAUGAUGAUGUGAUGCUG